AUCACCAGGGGAAUAACACUGCCAACUAAUCUGUGCCAACUGACAUUGUUCUACACAAUAUCUCUAACAUGUAAAACUGUAACUGAUUCAAAUCUCUUCUUUAGGUAAAAUAAUUUCAUGGCAGGAAACACUGUGGGGAAACCCUCUGAGUGGCAGCUGUAUUUUGGACAGCAAUGGUCCUCAAUAGAAAAUGAUCAUAUACUUGAGGCGAACUACUGCCAGCCCGGAGCGAAAGGAAUCACCAUCAGUACCCACUUAGGGGAACUUUACAUUGACUUCGAUGCUAUGACCGUAUCGGGCCCUUAUGCUGACUUCAGGGUACAGCGUAAAGUCUUCCUGUCUCACAACCAGACAGAGGACAUGAGAUGGUAUUACAAAGACAACUAUUCCUGGUGUGAAUAUGGAACACAGGGAUCGUCAGUAAACAGCCAGUAUUUGGAGCAGCUUUAUCAAUCCAACCCAGCUGGUGUCUGUAACUUCACAGUUGGAUCUUAUAAUUACACCUUAAAUUUUUCAGACAUGGUCCAAACCAACCAGUCUACUCAGAUGACCAGGAAAGUGAAAAGGCGACCCAACUUUCAAUCCACAGUAAUCAGCAGUCCAGUGGUUAGUCCUUCUUCUCUAUCAUACAUACCUAACCUAUCCUCAGCCAGUGUGGCCUCCUGGGAGUUUUUGGAUAAGGAAGGCGUGUGGACAGAGUAUCAAAAACCAGGUUCCUCUCUGGACAGUUUGGAUAUAGAGAGGCAGUAUCAGCUCAACCCACAGAACCAGCUCACGUUUACAGCCGGCCACUACACUUACACUCUUAAUUUCAGCAAAAUGUGUCAGAUCAAUACCAAGUUUGGAACGAAGAGAGCUGUCAGGAGGAACAUCACUGCAAAUCAGCAAAACAGCAGUCCAGUGGUUAGUCCUUCUUCUCUAUCAUACAUACCUAACCUAUCCUCAGCCAGUGUGGCCUCCUGGGAGUUUUUGGAUAAUGAAGGCGUGUGGACAGAGUAUCAAAAACCAGGUUCCUCUCUGGACAGUUUGGAUAUACAGAGGCAGUAUCAGCUCAACCCACAGAACCAGCUCACGUUUACAGCCGGCCACUACACUUACACUCUUAAUUUCAGCAAAAUGUGUCAAAUCAAUACCAAGUUUGGAACGAAGAGAGCUGUCAGGAGGAACAUCACUGCAAAUCAGCAAAACAGCAGUGCUGUAACUCAAGCUCGCUGGCAGUUUUUUGACAGCGGUUGGAAAGACUUUGUUAAAGGCAGUGCCCGUGGGCAGUGUACUGUCUCCAGUCAGGAUAUAGAGUUGCAGUACCAGCAGAACAGAACCGGGAAUAUGAGCUUCAGCUCCAGAAGGUUCAGCUACACAAUAGACUUUACAGCAAUGAUCCAGACAAACUUGACCACUAAUACACAGAGGAACAUCCAACGCCUAGAAUCCCCAUAACUGAAGAGCUCAUCUCACUGUCCUCUAGACCCUCAGUAUUAUGAUCAAGAUCAUGAUUAAUAACAGCAUUUACUACCAUUAAGUCCAGGGGUGCCCAAUACAUCCAUCACGAUCGGCCAGUGGAUCGCACAAUGCACGCUGGUAGAUCGCACCUCAUUCAAACAGGUCAACGUGAUUAACAUGAAAUGUGGCCACUUUUUAGCUACGCCUCAGCCCACCUAAAGCAGCGCUAAUCUAAAACAUUUUCAUUCAUCAGUAACCAGUUUGUGCCAUUUUUGCAUUUUUUUUAAUGCAUUUUCUCCCCAUUUUCCUCCUGAUUUAGUACACUCAGUUUUGUUGCAGAGAGAUACCCGAUUGCAUCCGAGGAGAGCAUGUCACUGUACACGCCUCUUUCGACACGUGAACAGCCCUCCUCUUCUCGCAAUAUCAAUAUAGGAACUGAAGCACAUUUAAAAAAGCUACAAAGCAUUUUUGAAAAAUGAUGAGGACAACCUUUAAACAAAAAAGUAUAUCGCGAUGACCUGUCGACUAAAAUAGUAGAUCUCAAGUCACAAAAGUAUGGGCACCCCUGAUUUAGUCCAUUCAGUUCUCUCAGAGAUGUACAGUUGUGGUCAACAUUAUUGGUACCCUUGAUUGUUUAACAUAAAAACCAAUAUCAAACCACUAUUCAGAUAAGUGGAUGUGUACCAAUCUUGUAAUAUUAGAAUUUUUAACAGCAUGUUCAAAUACAUUCAGUGGAACAUUUUCCCAAAAGGAUUGUGGGUUAAUUUUGUCUGAUUUUUUCUUUUGACUUCAGCUAAACAAAGGGUGCUAUUGAUCAUGCCUGGCAUUGUUUUCAAUUUUAUAUAUAUUUAUAUACCCUUCAAAGAAAAAAAUUUAGUUUUUUUUUCUGAAUCAAAUAUAAAAUAUAUUGCCAAAAGUAUUCACUCGUCUGCCACACACAUAUGAACUUGAGUGACUCCCAUUCUUAAUCCAUUUAAUAUGAUGUCUCCACCCUUUGCAGAUGUAACAGGUUCAACUCUCCUGGGAAGGCUUUCCACAAGGUUUAGGAGUGUGUUUAUGGGAAUUCUUGACCAUUCUUCCAGAAGCGCAUUUGUGAGGUCAGACACUGAUGUUGGACGAGAAGGCCUGGCUCACAGUCUCCGCUCUAAUUCAUCCCAAAGGUGUUCUAUCGGGUUGAGGUCAGGACUCUGUGCAGGCCAAUCAAGUUCUUCCACACCAAACUCGCUCAUCCACGUCUUUAUGGACCUUCUGCUUUGUGCACUGGUGCGCGGUAAUGUUGGAACAGGAAGGGGCCAUCCCCAAACUGUUCCCACAAAGUUGGGAGCAUGAAAUUGUCCAAAAUCUGUUGGUAUGCUGAAGCAUUAAGAGUUCCUUUCACUGGAACUAAGGGGCCGAGCCCAACUCCUGAAAAACGACCUCACUCCAUAAUCCCCCCUCCACCAAACUUUACACUCGGCACAAUGCAGUCAGACGAGUACCGUUCUCCUGGCAACCGCCAAACCCAGACUCGUCCAUCGGAUUACUAGACAGAGAAGCGUGAGAGAGAACACGUCUCCACUGCUCUAGAGUCCAGUGACGGCGUGCUUUACACCACUGCAUCCGACGCUUUGCAUUGUGCUUGGUGAUGUAAGGCUUGGAUGCAGCUGCUCGGCCAUGGAAACCCAUUCCAUGAAGCUCUACACACUGUUCUUGAGCUCAUCUGAAGGCUACAUGAAGUUUGGAGGUCUGUAGUGAUUGACUCUGCAGAGAGUUGGUGACCUCUGUGCACCAUGUGCCUCAGAAUCCGCUGACCCGCUCUGUCAUUUUACGUAGCUACCACUUCGUGGCUGAGUUGCUGUCAUUCCCAAUCGCUUCUACUUUGUUAUAAUACCCCUGACAGUUGACUGUGGAAUAUUUAGUAGUGAGGAAAUUUCAGGACUGGACUUGUUGCACAGGUGGCAUCCUAUCACUGUACCACGCUGGAAUUCACUGAGCUCCUGAGAGUGACCCAUUCUUUCACUAAUGUGUGUAGAAGCAGUCUGCAUGCCUAGGUGCUUGGUUUUAUACACCUGUGGCCAUGGAAGUGAUUGGAACACCUGAAUUCAAUGAUUUGGAUGGGUGAGUGAAUACUUUUGGCAAUAUAGUCUAAACUGCUUCUUUGAACAAUUUAUUUUAGAAGAUAUUUUACAUGCUGUACUUAAUAUUCAGGGGUGCUAAUAAUGUUGACCCCAACUGUUUUAAAGCGAUAUUGCACUUUUUUUAACGCUACCCCACAGGUACUUUACAUUAGCACUUUUAAUGUAUCUAUUAAUUCGGCUGCCACUACAACCAAAACCACUGCUAUUUUCAUCUGUGUGCUAAUUGAGAUUUUAUAGGAACUGCCUGUAAGCCCUAAAUAGCCAGGGAUUCAUUUAUUGUCUGAUAAAUCUUCCUGUGAUUACUUUUUAGCGCACUGAAACUUACUAAGUACUUGAAAUAACACAGCGCUCUAAUAUGUUUACGGCUCUCUGUGAGAAUCCGCUGCUGGAUAAUGUAAAGAAACAGUUGGCAUAUGCACGUGUUUCAGAGAGGGCAGGUGCUAGUCUGCUGCGCUACUGCGUAAGUGUGAAUGUGGUUCAAGUAGCAAAGGAAUUGUAAUAAAGAAUAACAAAUUAUUAAAUUAAACUGCAAAA